CGCAGAAGAAGAAGAAGCACUUCCGGCUUCCUCUUCCGGCGCGGUGCCUGCUCUGAAAACACGAGUUUCCACCUUUUCUGUUUUUACUGAAGGCACCACAAACACGUUAGACUAAGUGGUAACACCUAGCUGACAGAAAUGAAACCGAUCCUGCUCCAGGGCCAUGAGAGGUCCAUCACACAGAUCAAGUACAACAGAGAAGGAGACCUGCUGUUUUCAGUAGCUAAAGACACGGUAACAAACGUGUGGUACUCUGUCAACGGAGAGAGGUUGGGUACCUACAAUGGACACACAGGAGCAGUGUGGUGUGUUGACUGUGACUGGGACACUAAAAAUGUACUGACCGGAUCAGCAGACAACAGCUGUCGGCUGUGGGACUGUGAGACGGGUAAACAGCUGGCCCUGCUCAACACCAACUCUGCUGUUAGGACGUGUGGCUUCGACUUCAGCGGCAACAUCAUCAUGUUCUCCACAGACAAGCAGAUGGGUUACCAGUGUUUCCUGAACUUCUUUGACCUGAGGGAUCCCCAGCAGAUUGAGGACAACCAGCCCUACCUGUCCGUACCCUGCAGUGACUACAAGAUCACCAGUGCUGUGUGGGGGCCUCUGGGAGAGUUUGUCAUUGCUGGCCAUGAGAACGGGGAGAUCAACCAGUUCAGUUCCAAGUCUGGAGACGUCCUGAAGAAGAUUAAAGAGCAUACCAAGCAGAUCAACGACAUCCAGACGUCUCUGGAUCUCACAAUGUUCAUCACUGCCUCCAAAGACAACACUGCCAAGCUAUUUGACUGCACGUCUCUGGAUCACAUCAAGACUUUCAAGACAGAGAGACCGGUCAACUCUGCAGCCAUCUCUCCCAUCAUGGAUCAUGUGGUAAUGGGUGGUGGACAGGAAGCCAUGGAGGUCACAACUACCUCCACCAGGAUCGGCAAGUUUGAGGCCAGGUUCUUCCAUGCAGCAUAUGAAGAGGAGUUUGGCAGGGUCAAAGGUCACUUCGGUCCCAUUAACUGCACGGCAUUCCAUCCGGAUGGCAAAAGUUACAGCAGUGGAGGAGAAGAUGGAUACGUAAGGAUUCAUUACUUUGACCCACAGUACUUUGACUUUGAACUUGAGGCGUGAUGUCUCUGCAGCUUCAACCGACACCACAGGAGAUUGAAGGAAGACCAAAUGCAUUUUUUCACUGGCCCCCUCCCUUCUUGCUCUAUAUCUAAAGAAUUCUGAUACAUUUGUAAGCCGGAGAUGUUGUUUGCCUGUAAUCUGACACACACUGAUUACUUUAAUUAAAGAGAAGUCAUUUCAG